CAGGUGCAUUUUUUGCCAAGGAUACAGAGAGUAGAGCAGACAGAAAGGACGCUGGUGCUCAAACAGAAUUAAUAUACAGCGCGAUACUCUGGAUUAUCUUGGACCAUCAUUCUUUUUUAUCAUAUUGUGGCUUGUGCUGUAAUCAGUGUCUCCAUGUCAUCACCGUGCCUCAGCACUGUUCUGACUCAUGCCAACAUAACCAUGUAUCAGACUGGCUUGCCAGACAUCCUGCCACAGCAGGCAGGUGUGCUCUCCAGCAUCAGUCCUCUGCAAAUCAGCAAUCCAGCUUACAGUCCCAACAUGGGUGGUCAGGGGUACAGGCAUAUCAGCCCUCUUUAUUGGACAGCAGAUCAUGUUCUGGAUUGGAUCAGUGACCAUGUAGAGAACACCAAGUUUGAUGCAAACACCCUGAGUCUGGCAAACUGUGCCAUGGAUGGCUCCACCCUUUGCCAGAUGAACCGGGACCAGAUGAUCGGGCUCUUUGGUGUGCAGCUUGGCCCCCACCUCUACCAGAGUCUACAGGAACACAAGACCAAAAUGCCUGAGCUGCAGAUGUUAUCAGGACCAGAACUGAAUGAGACCUGUCAGCUCUUGGACAACUUCUUGGACAACCUUGGACAAAACUUCCCUUUGCUCAGCACCAUUAGAAUUGGUCAAGCUGAGGAAGCUGUUGGCAAAAGAGAAUUUGACUACCAGGAUGAUUAUGAUCUGACUAGUUUGACCAUGGAACCAAUGACGCCUCUGGGAGACACUGGGUACCUAUCUGAUAAUCAUUCUGACAGCGAGUACAGCUCCUCCUCCAACACUGGCAUGUUUGGCUUUCCAAGCAUUGGCUCACCAGAGUCUGGCAGCAGUGAAUCUGACCCAGAGUUCUCUUACCCUCCAAUUUCAAAGGUGCACAUCAAACCAGAGAAAGGAGAGUCCCGACUGAAACGACCACGGGGGCGACCUCCUAAGAUCAGCAGAGAGCACAACAGCGACAUAUAUGACAGUCCAAAGAAAAACAAACAUGCACCUCGUGGCACUCACCUAUGGGAGUUCAUCAGAGAUAUUCUGAUCCACCCAGAGAAGAAUCAGGGCCUAAUGAAGUGGGAGGACCGCCAUGAGGGUGUCUUUAAGUUCCUCAAAUCUGAGGCUGUGGCUCAGAUGUGGGGCCAAAAGAAGAAAAACAGCAGCAUGACGUAUGAAAAGCUCAGCCGUGCCAUGAGGUAUUACUAUAAGAGGGAGAUUCUGGAGCGAGUUGAUGGCCGGAGGCUUGUAUACAAGUUUGGGAAAAACUCCAGUGGCUGGAAGAUUGAGGACAUUGGUAUGGCUAUUUAAGAAAUUAGUCAAAAAAUGGGUAGGAAGCAAAAAGCCAGUCAGCAUUUGUAGUUCAGGAACUACGAAUGCUGACCCAUGUUGCCUGUCUGUAAAAAAAACAAAGCCAACCUUCCAGCCCCAACUUCCUCUAGAAGGAAGGUAUUACAGAAAAUGUAAGCCAGUGUUUAUGGCUCUAGUAGGUUUUAUGAACCAAUAUGAUGUUUCACGUGUUAUGUGUUUUUGAUUGUCACUAUAGUAACUAUGUGCAGAGUAAGAGAAAUUUAAAUUGUUUUACAUACUUGUGAGUUCCUGCAAGUUCCUAAAGUAAAGGCUGAAAAAGCAAACUUUUUACAGAUGUACAGAAUUUUUACUCUGGUAUUUACGUGUUUUUGCUGUUGCAGGACUAUCUCAUCAGCAUUUGUCACUAUGAUCUGAGUUAUUCACUGUAUUUUAGCACCAUAAAUAAUAUAACAUAUUUUGUUAUUUUCCCUUAUCACUGUCUUUAUUCCAUGCAAAAUAAGUUGUGAUCUUAAUGCUGGACCAAGUUUGGAAAAACUUACACAGAGAAAAGUAAAUGUAGGUUAUGUUACUUCACAUUAACAAGAUAAUGAUGUGCACUACAUGUCUUUUGGUAUCACUUAUUAUAAAGUGUGUUUACACAAUGUUUGAGAGAAGAGUAAUUGAUAAGUAACUAUAUGAUGUCUUAUAUAUGAACAUGAUUGGUUGCUAUGAAUCAGUUGGAAAUCAAUUGCAGUUUGUGAUUGUUUUAAUGUAAUUGAAUCCACUUGUCUCCUAUCUGUGGAUUGAUAAAUGUGUAUAUGAGUGAAGUAAAUCAUAUAUCAAAUAUAUGAAAGAGUGGAUG